AUGACUUUAAGAUCAUUACCUUUGUAACCAGUACCUGACUAUAAAGCGCAAAAAAUCAGAGAUUCAUUUUGCAUCCAUGGCAGACCAUUGAGUAAUGGAACUUGUCAAUGUGAGUCAGGAUGGUAUGAUAUCCCUGGCUAAAAGUAUAAAUGCGCCACGUAAACCCAGUAUUCUUAAAAUGAAAUAGAAGAGCUUGAAAUAUUGGCUAAGACUGGAUUUAUUAGUAACAGUAGUAUGAUAAGCUGGGCGAAAGAAUUCAGAAAGUAUUAGGCUAGCUUAUAUAGUCCAAACAGAUUCUCUGAGGAAACAAAAAUCUAUAGAAAUAUAAUAGCUGAAUUAUCAUUACAUCUGAUACAAGAGGCCUAUGUAGUUUCUUUUGUGUGGCUUGUUCUUGCUUUUGCCGAUCUUGUUGGUGUAUAUUAUGUCCAUGUUGCUGUAGAUGCUGUAGAAAAAGUCGUAUGA